AUGCGGAGACCCCCUCCCCGAACCAGCGACUGCGGGUGGGGACUACCAGAUCGCGGAGGGGUUGCAUUACAUGUCGGUGAGCGAGGAAGCCCUGUGUCCUACCUGCUCCCCCGGCUCAACUCACUUACUCCUAAUCUUGCGGCUACGGCAGAAUUCGUCGCGUCAAAUGUGAUGAGCGGAAGCCGGCUUGUUUUCGGUAUGCAAACAUUGGGAGAUCCUGAUGCUUCCGUCGCGAAGAACCCCCACACUGACCACCCGGAUAGAUGUACCAGUACAGACCGGAGAUGUGAUGGUUAUAUGCCCAUGCCUUAUUCCAUACGCAUCACCAAACAGCUGGCACAAGUUACUGCAUUUGUCAGUCCAGCCGAGUCCCGAGCCCUCGAGUUCUUCUUUCGCAAGUCUGCAGCGCACCUGGCUGGUUACUUCAAUGCUUCGUUCUGGACCCGCACGGUUCUACAGCUCAGUCUGACCGAACCCCCGAUUCGCCAAGCGAUUGCUGCGAUUGGCUUUCUCUAUGAAGUAGAGGUGACGUCCACAACUCCGGGAAUGGCACAUCACUUGCUGUCUCACCGGUCCGACUUGGCGCUACAUCUUUACAACCGGGCCAUCCGUACCACCAUUGAUAAGUUUUCAUCAGGAAUGGACGUUGUACCCCUAGUCAUAGCAGCCAGCAUUCUGUUCGCAGCCCUUGAGUUCCUCCGAGGAAAUGCUGCCGUGGCUGCAUCACAUACCAGAAGCGGGCUUAACCUGGUGCGGUCCUGGCGGGAACAUCGAGGGCGAUUCCACCACACGAAGAGUUCUCGGACACAUUGGGUAGAUGCUGAAUUGGCUCCAAUAUUGAACUCAUUUUCUCUGAAUACGUACGAACGAUCAGGUCUCAAACACCUCACAAGUGCGCCACGAGAAAAAGUGCUUGUCAAUCCCGUGGAUGCUCAAGGCAAGCUCUUAGUCAAUUGGCGGUUCCAAACAUUUCAUCAGGCACGCACCGCCCUCCUUGACUUGAUGCUUUACCACAUCGGGACUUUUCGCGACUGGCAAGAUCUGGCCAGACUGACGGACCUCCCGUACUCGCCCGUUCUGCGAUGGCUCGAUACUUUCGAACAUGCCGCCCAGCGAUGGAUGGCAAGCUUUGAAUUGCUAGUGCAACGGAAGCAGUCGGCAUGUGGACCAGCCAUGGAUAAUGAGAUCGAUGCUACUCGCACGCUCUGGUAUUGCCUCCGUCUAGGACUCGGUCGGUACCGUGUGGCCAAUGAAUGCGGCUGGGAUGACUUUCGCGCUGCCUACGAAGAUAUCGUCUUGAUUGCCGAACGUCUGCUCAAUGACUCGGAACACUACCCGGAUGAUGUAUCGAAAACGAUGAGCCUUGACGUACAGUUGUUGUAUCCGUUGCAGGCCGUCGCCUGGAAGUGCCGCUGGCCGGACCUUCGCCGUCGGGCCCUGGAUCUGCUACAACGACUUCCGAAGCAAGAGCUGUUCUUUUAUACCCCGAACUACCACACCGUCUGCAGCCGGAUCAUGGAACUUGAGGAGAGUAUGAUGGGCAAUGACAUGCUUCCCCCAGAUCACUCCCGAAUCUAUAGUUUCACCAUCACCCCUACCCCCGCCACGACGGCGGACCACCCUAUUUACUCCGUCACUUUUACUACGUUCCCACAUGGCCGAAGUAGCGAGCCACACUUUCACACCGAAUCGCUAUGGCUUCAUCCAUCGCAGGCGGGGGUCGCCGCAACCAUUCCACCUGUUGAUAUGAUGCAACGUCGCGACUGGUCACCGGUCGCUCAGACAAAUGCUCACACUCAGCUGUCCUCAAUACCUGCAACAUGGAUAAUGUAG